AUGAAACUUAGCAUUGCAAAUCCAGAAAGAACCACACAAAAGGUUAUAGAAAUAGAGCACAAUGUAGAAUCAGCAUUAUAUGAGAAGAGAAUUAUGGAUGUUAUUGAGGGAGAGUUAAUUGCCCCAGAGUGGUCCGGAUUUUUGUUACAGUUAACCGGUGGAACCGACAAGCAAGGAUUCCCAAUGAAGCCCGGUGUCAUGACUCCAGACAGAGUAAGAUUACUUCUUAAAAAGGGAGACACUGGAUUCAGAUGCACUGACAACGGCCUCAGAAGAAGAAAGAGUGUAAGAGGUGAUGUGGUCUCUGAGCACAUUGGUGUGCUGAACUUGAAAGUAGUCAAGGAGGGCAGCCACGUAUUCGAGGGAUUCAAUGACAUUGUCAACCCACUGGCAAGAGGACCAAAGAGAGCCUCAAAGAUCAGAAAACUAUUUGGCCUUAGCAGCGAUGUAAUGAACUUGGAAGACUACGUCAUUCCCCACACAAAGACAACCAAGAGUGGUGAGACUAAAGUCGUAAAGCCAAAGAUCCAGAGGCUGAUCACUGAGAAGCACAUACAGAGAUGGCAAGAAAGAAUUGCUGCAAGAAUUGAAAGACAGAAGCUUGGAAGAGAAAGAAAGGCCAAAUACUUCGCAAUGAUGAAGGAGAAAGGAUUACUUACCAGCAGAAGUGAAGGAUUCAAAACUAAGAGAGCAUCCGCAUAA